AUGGUUCAUCAAAGGCUCGCAAGUCCCUAUGAGAAACGUCUUGCUAUCAGGGAGGAUCUUGGCUACUUCCACACCGGAAGUGUUGGGGCCGUGUACGAGUUUGCAGAUGGCAGCUUCCAAGUCAACUCAGCUCGUUCAUUUGCGCCUGCUUUGAAAAGCUGCAUUGCAAUGUUUCCUCAAAUGGCAAUGAUAAUGAAAGGCAAGGACACUAAAGAACCUUUCUGGGAGCUUGUGCCUAGUCUAAAUCUCGAUGAUCAUAUUUCUGUCAUCGACAAGCAAGUCGUGGACGAAGAUGACGAAACUGCAGCCAUCGAGAGAGCUCUACCAUCCAUAGUCGACCAAAGAUUCACUGAUCCAUCUGUACCUCCGUGGAGAAUAGUUAUACUCCCAUUUACAUCCGGAAGCAAAUCGCGUUGCUUUAUCGCGUACGUAUCUUCUCAUUCGACAGCGGAUGGUGUGUCGGGAUACUUCUUCCAUCGCAAAUUUCUGGAGGCUCUUCAAAAGCCCGUAGAUAGCCAGAGCAACAAUCCCACUGUUGUGAUACCUGACAUCCCACUUCCUGAAGCCUUUGACACUCCGGAGAGAUUCCCUAUUUCUCCAGAGUUCAUGAAGUCUCUGGCAACAACGAGAGUCGUUGACGAGAACACUUGGACUGGCUCCCCUGUCUUUCUGGGACCUAAUGGUUUACAAACGGGAGUGAAGAUCAUCGAAAUUGGAGCUUCUCAAGUCAAAGGAGCUCUGAACGCCUCACGGGCCCACGGUACCAAGCUCACAGGCUUGUUACACAAACUUGUUGUGAGGGCUUUGACCAAAGCUCUACCAGGCGAUGAAUUCACAAAUUUUGUUUCCCAGACCGCUGUUGACUUGAGAAUGGCCAAUGGUACUCCACUUAUAUGGGGUAACUGCGUUUCAGGAUUGUCUUAUUCACAUCCCCGUAUAGAUCCGUCUAAACCUAUCUCUGACAAGACAUGGGCCGAUGCCAAAAGUCUUACUGAGAAACUUUCAGAAUGUAGCUCUAAAUUGGAGGACCAAAUGAUUGGCAUGAUCAGAUUUGUUCCAGACCAUGCCGCUUCCAUGAUGCAAAAGCUGGGAGGACCGCGCGAUGCUUCCUUUGCACUGAGCAACAUCAAUGCAUUUGAUGGUGUUAUUGAAAAGAGCAUAUGCAAAAUUACUAAAUUCUUGAUGACUACUUCAGCCGCUGUUCAUAGCGCACCAUUUACAUUUUGCAUUGCCAGUGUGAAAGGGGGUAAUUUGAUCUGUGUGGUUACUUGGCAGAAGGCUGCCCUAGGUUGUCCAUUAGAGGAUGAGGCGACUCUUUUGGACAACAUCUCCUCAUCGAUUAAAAAUGACUUUGAGAAUAUGUCAGCAUAA